AUGGAGACAGUUCUUUCCAAUCACUCCCCACCUUCUUCUGCUUUCAAGGGUGUGAGUAAAGAAGAGGAAGAAUCACUACUUGGACAAAUUGAAAUAUGGAAAUACAUGACACAAUUCACAGAUUCAUUUGCUCUAAAAGCUGUUGUUGAGCUACGCAUAGCUGACAUAAUUGAUAGAUAUGGUAAACCAAUUUUCCUAUCACAAAUUGUGCAAAAUCUUGAAGAUGCACCCUCUCCAGAUUCCUCUCUACUCUUAAGAGUAAUGAGAGUCAUGGUUCGUAGAAAAAUUUUCAGUGCAGAAAAAUCUGAAACCGGAGAGAUUCUAUAUGGUUUAACACGCGCAUCAAAAUGGAUCCUACAAGACACAAAGAUGACAUUGGCACCUAUGUUGUUGCUAGAGAAUCACCCUUUUCAUCUGAACCCUGCUAACUAUAUCAAUGAAAUUGUAAGAGAAGGAACCAAAAAUGGAACUGCUUUCUUUAGGUGUCAUGGUCAUGAACAAUUUGAAAUGACGGGUUUGGACUUAAAAUACAAUGACUUGUUUAACCAAGGUAUGGUGUGCACUGCUAGGGUCAUGUCUAGGGCUGUUAUUGCAGGUUACAAAGACGGGUUUAACCAAAUUCAGUCUUUGGUUGAUGUGGGUGGUGGUAUUGGUGGAUCUCUCUCUGAGAUUGUUAGAGCUUAUCCUCAUAUUCAAGCUAUUAACUUUGAUUUACCUCAUGUUAUUUCAACUGCACCUCAAUAUGAUGGUAUCACCCAUGUUGAAGGAGACAUGUUUGUUUCUGUUCCUAGUGCUGAUGUUAUUUACAUGAAGUGGAUUCUUCAUGACUGGAGCGACGACCAUUGCAUAAAGAUAUUGAAGAAUUGUAGGAAGGCAAUACCAGAGAAAACAGGAAAGGUGAUUAUUGUGGAUCAUGUUUUGGACCCGGAAGGAGCUGAACCGUUUACCGACGUUGGCAUAGCAUUUGACAUGUUGCUUCUUGCACAUAAUGCUGGUGGUAAGGAAAGGACUGAAGAGAACUGGAAAUACCUAUUCAAAGAGACGGGAUUCUCUCGUUACAACAUCAUCAAAAUCAAUGCUCUUCCAUCUAUCAUCGAGGCAUUUCCUAUCUAA